UUUCAUUAGCUUCAAGAUGGUCAAUGUAUAAAUUGCUUGAAUCGUUGAAGUUGAACAUAAUCUAGCCAUGACCCCAACUCGCGGACCGGUUCCCUAAUCCUAUAUAUAUGGCUACACCUCUCCCAGAACUUCCCCAAAACCCUUUAAACCAAAACUCCUUUGAGCAAAACUAUAGAAACAUCUGCAAUGUUCUCCUCUCUUUAACCCACUCAAGGUCCCUCCCAAAGGGUGUCCAACUCCAUGCCCACAUCAUUAAAGCAGGCCUCCAAACCAUCCCUCUCAUCUCCCACCACCUCCUUAACUUCUACUCCAAAACCCAACUACCUCUCUUUUCCCGCCAAGUCUUCUUCGAAACCCCAAUCAAAAGUUCCGCAACUUGGAGCUCAGUCAUCUCCUCUUUCGCUCAAAAUGAACUCCCUUCUCUCGCAAUUGAAUUUUUUCGCGAAAUGCUGGUUAACAACAUCAAACCCGAUGAUCAUAUCUUCCCUAGUGCGACUAAGUCAUGCGCGACUUUGGGAAGGUUUGAUCUCGGGCAAUCAAUACAUUGCCUUAUUUUGAAAACUGGGUAUGAUAUGGAUGUUUUCGUGGCGAGUUCUUUGGUUGAUAUGUAUGGGAAAUGCGGGAAAAUUAAGAUUGCGAGGAAAGUGUUUGAUGAAAUGCCCGAAAGAAAUGUGGUUUCUUGGACUGGGAUGAUUUAUGGGUAUGCUCAGUUAGGAGAAUAUGAGGAAGCUCUGAUGUUGUUCAAACAAGCUUUAUAUAGACGUUUGGAUGUGAAUGAUUUUACAUUCUCGAGUGUUUUACAGGUUUGUGCUAACUCGACUUUGCUUGAGUUAGGGAAGCAGAUACAUGGUUUGUGUUUCAAAACGAAUUAUAAUUUAUCGAGUUUUGUAGGGAGUUCUUUGAUUUCCUUGUAUUCAAAAUGUGGAGUGAUUGAAGGAGCUUACCUGGUUUUUGAUGAAGUGUGUGUCAGGAAUCUUGGGAUGUGGAAUGCAAUGUUGAUUGCUUGUGCUCAGCAUUCGCAUACAGAGAGAGCGUUUGAUUUGUUUAAACAGAUGGAAGGUGUUGGGAUCAAACCGAAUUUUAUUACGUUUUUGUGUGUGCUCUAUGCUUGUAGCCAUGCAGGGCUUGUUGAGAAGGGACAACAUUACUUUGAGUUAAUGAAGGAGUAUAAAAUUGAGCCAGGUGAUCAACAUUAUGCUUCUUUAGUGGAUUUGUUGGGUCGUGCUGGUAAAUUGCAGGCGGCACUUUUAAUCAUCAGGGAAAUGCCCAUACAGCCAACAGAAUCCGUUUGGGGAGCCUUUUUAACUGGGUGUCAAAUUCAUGGGAACACUGAAUUGGCAGCUUAUGCUGCAGAUAGGAUCUUUGAGUUAGGACCUGUCAGCUCAGGUUUGCAUGUGUUAUUAUCUAAUGCUUAUGCCGCUGCUGGGAGAUAUGAGGAUGCAGCCAAAGCUAGAAAGAUGCUUAGGGACCUAGGGAUUAAGAAAGAGACAGGUUUGAGUUGGGUUGAGGAGGGAAACAAGGUUCACACAUUUGCUGCCGGGGAUAGAUCUCAUGCAAAAACUAAAGAAAUUUAUCAGAAAUUAGAGGAAUUAGGAGAGGAAAUGGAGCAAGUUGGUUAUGUUGCAGACACAAGGUUUGUGCUGAGAGAAGUAGAUGGUGAAGAAAAGAUUCAGACUAUAAGAUAUCAUAGUGAAAGACUAGCUGUUGCAUUUGGGCUCAUUACCUUUGCACCAGAUAGGCCAAUUAGGGUUAUGAAGAACUUACGCAUCUGUGGUGAUUGUCAUACAGCAAUCAAGUUUAUGUCCAAGUGCUCCGGAAGAGUAAUUAUUGUGAGAGAUAACAACCGGUUCCAUCAUUUUGAGGAUGGAAAAUGCUCCUGUGGUGACUAUUGGUGAAUGAAUUGUAAUGUAUAAGAUACCAUUUAUUGCACCUAACAAAUUUUUUGAAACAAGAAGUGGAAAAAGAUGAAGAGUAUAUUGCACUGAAUAACAACCGGUUCAAUCAUUUUUUGUGGAUGGCAAAUGCUCCUGUGUGACUACUGAGGGCCAAGACCAAGUCCUGCAUUGGCUUUUGGUGCUCAAUCUAACGACAGAUCCUGAUGCCUCCUGUUGUUCUCCCUUCUUUCUGAAGGCCAACCCAUUGCUUUGUAAUGUUCAUUUUUUGCUCUCUUUUGGUAGCUUUCAGAGUGAUGCUGAUUAGGUGGGUAUUGGGGGUUGGUUGUCUUCUUGGCAAUGAGUUGGUACUUUCAUGCCAAUCACUAAGACAAAGAAAUUGUACUCGUACAGUUUACAGAUUUGGUGUUUUUUUUUUUUGUCUUAUUUAUUCUCUUGUA